GGCAGCGCCCGACCCGGAAGUAGAAGCGGCGAACUGGCGGAGCCUUGGGGCCAAGAAGCCGGCCUUGGCUUACUGGGGGAGGCGGUGGUGCGAGAUGGCUGAGCCGGGACCCGCCGAAGAGCUCGCCAAGCUCGAGUACCUGUCCCUCGUGUCCAAAGUGUGCACCGAGCUGGACAACCACCUGGGGAUCAACGACAAGGACCUGGCUGAAUUUGUGAUCAAUCUUGCUGAGAAAAAUACAACCUUUGACACAUUUAAAGUUUCCCUCACCAAAAAUGGUGCUGAAUUCACAGACUCUCUUAUAAGCAACUUGUUACGUCUCAUACAGACCAUGCGGCCCCCAGCAAAGCCUUUUGCUAACAAAGAUCCAGUUGUUAAACCAAAGACAGAGAAGGAGAAGCUCAAGGACUUGUUCCCAGCACUUUGCCGACCAGACAAUCCUGCAGUCCGGACCAUGCUUGAUGAAGAUGAUGUGAAAGUAGCUGUGGAUGUCCUCAAAGAGCUAGAAGCUCUAAUGCCCAGUGCUGCAGCACAUGAGAAGCAGAGAGGCUCUGAACACCGUGAUAGGGCAAAAAAGAAGAAACGAAGUCGGAGUCGAAGCCGAGACAGAGACCACAAACGGAGACACCGGUCUCGAUCGAGGUCACGUUCUAGGACUCGAGAUCGGAAUAAAGGGAAAUCUAGAUACCGAUCUAGGAGCAGAAGUCAAAGUCCUAUCAAAGACCGUAAGGACCGUGACAAAUAUGGGGACCGUGAUAAAUACGGGGAGAAGAACAGUGACAGGUGGCGAGACAAACAUGUGGACCGGCCUCCUCCUGAAGAGCCUUCUAUUGGGGAAAUUUAUAAUGGCAAAGUCACGAGUAUCAUGCAGUUUGGGUGUUUCGUGCAACUAGAAGGACUCAGGAAACGGUGGGAAGGUUUAGUCCACAUCUCUGAGCUUCGUCGGGAAGGCCGAGUAGCCAAUGUCGCUGAUGUUGUGAGCAAAGGCCAGAGGGUUAAGGUGAAAGUCUUGUCUUUCACUGGGACCAAAACCAGUCUGAGCAUGAAGGAUGUGGAUCAAGAUACUGGAGAAGAUCUGAACCCCAAUCGACGGAGGAACCUUGUUGGGGAGACCAAUGAGGAGACCUCUAUGAGGAACCCUGAUAGACCUACUCACCUCUCCCUCGUCAGUGCCCCAGAAGUGGAAGAUGACACUCUUGAAAGGAAACGCCUCACCCGAAUCUCAGAUCCUGAGAAAUGGGAGAUCAAACAGAUGAUUGCAGCCAAUGUACUUUCCAAAGAAGAGUUUCCAGACUUUGAUGAAGAGACAGGAAUCCUUCCUAAAGUGGAUGAUGAAGAAGAUGAAGACCUGGAAAUUGAACUGGUUGAGGAAGAACCUCCAUUCCUGAGAGGACACACCAAACAAAGCAUGGACAUGAGCCCUAUUAAAAUUGUUAAGAAUCCUGAUGGCUCCCUGUCCCAAGCAGCAAUGAUGCAGAGUGCUUUGGCCAAAGAAAGGAGAGAACUCAAGCAGGCCCAGCGGGAAGCAGAGAUGGAUUCCAUUCCUAUGGGACUCAACAAACACUGGGUGGAUCCUCUGCCUGAUGUGGAUGGGAGGCAGAUUGCUGCCAACAUGCGGGGCAUUGGGAUGAUGCCUAAUGACAUCCCAGAAUGGAAGAAGCAUGCUUUUGGGGGCAACAAAGCAUCUUACGGUAAAAAGACCCAGCUGUCAAUCAUCGAGCAGAGGGAAAGUCUCCCCAUCUUCAAACUUAAAGAGCAGCUUGUUCAGGCUGUUCAUGACAAUCAGAUUCUGAUUGUGAUUGGAGAGACAGGUUCUGGGAAGACAACACAGAUCACACAGUACCUUGCUGAGGCAGGUUACACAUCCAGGGGGAAAAUUGGAUGUACACAACCUCGAAGGGUUGCGGCGAUGUCAGUGGCCAAAAGAGUGUCUGAGGAGUUUGGUUGUUGCUUGGGACAAGAGGUGGGUUACACUAUUCGUUUUGAAGAUUGUACCAGUCCAGAAACAGUCAUCAAGUACAUGACAGAUGGUAUGUUGCUCAGGGAAUGUUUGAUUGACCCCGACCUUACUCAGUAUGCAAUCAUCAUGUUGGACGAGGCUCAUGAGAGAACAAUUCACACAGAUGUGCUCUUCGGAUUGUUGAAAAAGACUGUGCAGAAACGGCAAGACAUGAAGCUGAUUGUUACUUCUGCCACAUUAGAUGCUGUGAAAUUUUCCCAGUAUUUCUAUGAAGCUCCCAUUUUCACCAUUCCAGGCCGAACAUAUCCAGUGGAAAUUCUCUACACUAAAGAACCCGAGACAGAUUACUUGGAUGCCAGCUUGAUCACAGUUAUGCAGAUCCAUUUAACUGAACCACCAGGUGACAUCCUGGUGUUUCUGACUGGUCAGGAAGAGAUUGAUACUGCCUGUGAGAUCUUGUAUGAACGCAUGAAGUCUCUGGGUCCUGAUGUACCUGAAUUAAUCAUCCUCCCUGUGUAUUCUGCUCUACCAAGUGAGAUGCAGACCCGGAUCUUUGACCCAGCUCCUCCUGGUAGCAGGAAGGUUGUAAUCGCUACCAACAUUGCUGAGACAUCUCUGACUAUUGAUGGGAUCUACUACGUGGUGGACCCCGGGUUUGUGAAGCAGAAAGUGUACAACUCCAAGACGGGGAUCGACCAGCUGGUGGUGACUCCCAUCUCUCAGGCACAGGCAAAGCAGAGAGCAGGCAGAGCUGGGAGAACAGGGCCCGGAAAGUGUUACAGGCUUUACACAGAACGUGCCUACCGAGAUGAAAUGCUGACCACCAACGUGCCUGAGAUCCAGAGGACUAAUUUAGCUAGCACGGUGCUCUCUCUCAAGGCCAUGGGUAUCAAUGACCUGCUCUCCUUUGACUUCAUGGAUGCCCCCCCAAUGGAAACUCUGAUUACAGCCAUGGAGCAGCUGUACACGCUGGGAGCCCUGGAUGACGAGGGUCUGCUCACCCGUCUGGGCCGUAGGAUGGCAGAGUUUCCCUUGGAGCCAAUGUUGUGCAAGAUGCUGAUCAUGUCUGUGCAUUUGGGCUGCAGUGAGGAGAUGCUCACCAUCGUGUCCAUGCUGUCAGUGCAGAACGUCUUCUACAGGCCCAAGGACAAACAAGCCCUCGCAGAUCAGAAGAAAGCCAAAUUCCACCAGACUGAAGGCGAUCACCUCACUCUCCUGGCUGUGUACAAUUCUUGGAAGAACAACAAAUUCUCCAACCCGUGGUGUUAUGAAAAUUUCAUCCAGGCUCGCUCCUUGCGCCGAGCCCAGGACAUCCGUAAACAGAUGUUGGGCAUCAUGGAUAGGCAUAAACUGGAUGUGGUGUCCUGUGGCAAGGCUACAGUCCGUGUACAGAAAGCCAUUUGCAGUGGUUUCUUCCGAAAUGCUGCCAAGAAGGACCCACAGGAGGGCUAUCGAACUUUGAUUGACCAGCAGGUGGUCUACAUUCAUCCCUCCAGCGCUCUCUUCAACAGACAGCCAGAAUGGGUGGUAUACCAUGAGCUGGUGCUGACCACCAAGGAGUACAUGCGGGAGGUCACCACCAUUGACCCCCGGUGGCUAGUGGAGUUUGCCCCAGCCUUCUUCAAGGUCUCGGACCCCACGAAGCUCAGCAAGCAGAAGAAGCAGCAGCGGCUGGAGCCCUUGUACAACCGCUAUGAGGAGCCUAAUGCUUGGAGGAUCUCCCGUGCUUUCCGGCGGCGGUGAUGAGGGAGCCAUGGGUUCUGACACAAAGUGCUCAGUUUCAGGUCUCCACUAUGGGACUAAGGCCCAGGACUGUAGUGACUUUUGUUUAAAAUGCACUGCAAGGAGCACAGUUGUCCUUGGGUUGAGAGGCCCCAAAGCCAAAGCAGGACAUUCUGAACUUGACUCUCAUUUCGUUCCUUGUGGUGAAAUCCUCAGGAGACAGGAGUUCACCCCGGCCUUGAGUCACAUGCCACCCCCUUGGCUGGGGCGAGCUUGGGGCCUGUGAAUGAAAGGUAUGUAGCACCUUUUUCUGCAGAACUGGACCAGGAGGAAUUGUUACAUUUGUGAACAGCUCAUGCUACAGAAUCCUCAGACCAGAGGACCCUGACAUGCCAAGCACUUGCAUGCCCACCCAUCUGCCCAUGGUUUUUGAGGACUUAACAGCAGAGCCCACUGGUGGCAUUGCCCUAGCUUUCCAUCUACUCUCCAACCUGUUUGUUUCAUCAGGCUUAAACUCUUUGGAAAUACGUAUUUGUUUAUUUUUAAAUAUAUAUGUAUAUUUUUUUUUCCUGUAGUUGUUUCUUUUAGCUAAAAUGUUAGUAUAUUGGCUAGUCUUGGGGAGAGGGAGAUUUAGGACCUGCAGCUUGGGAGCACAUGGUAAAGGAUCUCACGCCUUCUUCCCCCUGCCUGGAGCUACAGCCCCUCACGCCUGGGUUGGGUUUAGGCAGGACACACAUGUCAGACUGGAAGUCUUGUCUUUCAGCGCUGUCUCUAGCAUAGUUAAGAACUAUAGGUCACCCAGUGAUUAACCACAUCCAUUCCACAGAACACUUAAGUCUAGGGGUCUGAGUGGUUACAGAUGUUGGAUGCAGAGGGUUUUCCCCCUAUACAAUGUGUAACGUGUCUUAUUUCCUCUUUAAAAAUGCUAGGUGACAUCACAACUUUUUAUUUUAUUUAAUUUCCACCCCCAUCACUCUCUUCCACAAAGUAGGCCCAGUAUUCCCCCAGGAACUCUUGUGAAUUUUAACAAAGAGGCUUUCUGUGGCGAAAUACAUAUACACACAAACACCUUGUUGGAGAUGGGUUGUGGAUGCUUAACAGCUGCACUCUGUGUCCUUCUGAAGCAGGACCUGAAUUUCCUUUUUCCCAACUCACCUUUUCUAGGUCUUUGUGGGUAUAUGCCUCAUCUAGCCUUGCUUUUUCUGCAACCUCAGAAUGGCAAGCGCUGCCCUGUUUGAGUAGUGGGCAGCACCUGUAUGAGGCACUGACAUGGUGAAAACUGCUUUUGUGCUCAGGAGAUGCUGGGGAAUAGAACAGGCUCCCCAAAAGCGACUUUGUGUGAGGAAAUCACUGAGGCCCAUGGUGUGUCCUGGCAUGUGUCUGUCUCCUGCUGUCCAAGCUUUUGGUGUCCUUGAGGUGUCACCGAACUUUAACUGGUUCUAAAUUCCCCACGUUGGACUUUAGGUGGUCAUUAGGCCGUGUUCUCUCAAACGAGAACAUCUCCCCUCCGUGCUGUCUUGUUUGUUGGCCGUGCCUCCAUCACUGAUUUUGCUUCCCCUCUUGUCCCGUUAGAGAUGGAGGACCAGGUUUUAAUGCAGUGUAAAGGUGGGGUCAGAGGUCUGAGAAAGGCUUUAUGCUUUGUGUGACUUGGACAGGCUUUUGACUUAACCUCAUUGGGCCUUAGUUUUCUUUUCAGUUAAAUGAGAAGGUUAGGCUUAGGUGAUCUCUAAGGUCUUUUCCAGCUCUGAUGCUGCUCUAGUCUUCUAUGCUGCUAAUUUGUGGGGGAGCAGCUAUUAGUAUCAGGGAGUGGGACCUCACUAGCGUCCAUGUCUCAGCCUUCCAUCUUGCUCACUUUUUGUUGGCUCACCCCUAAGUUGAGUUAAACUCUUUUGAGCAUCUCUUUGAAAAUCCAGGCCAACUGCUGGGGAGCAGAUGCCCCAUUUAGCAGUUGUUCAGGGCUGAGGCAGCAGGAAUUACUUAGGGUGUUUGGGAGGCUUCCUUCUCUCCCCGCACUAGGUACACCUUUUCCUUUUCUGUGUGAGGAAGUUGAAUGUUGAACCUGAAGGGUCCCGGGAAGUUUGGGCCCUGAAGAAUCAAGAACAUUGUGCUGGGUUCACCUUGGAAUGGUCCAGCAGAGAAAAUCAGCUUGAGGGCCUUAGGAACAGAGGCCUUAUGUUUGGUAAAGCUUGCAAAGUGAGGCCAAGAGGGGCCCAGGGAUAGAGGAGGCUGGGCAGAGAGCAGCACAGCUCAGCAACCUUACUCCCUAUCCAUUACCCCCCAGAUUUGGCAGUAUGACAGAGAGCAAGUCAGGUGUGUCAAGACAAAGCUGGAGGUGUACUCCUUUAUUAUCCUACCUUGUGGUCUUUGAGUACAGCUCCCCCUUUCCCUAUCGACAGCGCUACCCUGCUACAGGGGCAGUAUGUGACUUUCUGAUUCAUCAGUGGGAGGGGGUAGCUUGGUCGGCCACCUACCAAGUCCAAAGACAGCUGACAGUGGUUUGGGUGGCCAUGUAGAAUGCCUCCUGGCCUCCAGCUCUGUGUGUGUUCCAGUUACCUCCUCUUGGAGAGCUUGGGUGAGACACAACCUUGUGGCCUCCUCACCCCACGCCCACGCUGGGGGCCCUGCUGAGUCUACAAGCCCUUCUGACCUUCCACCAGGAAAGAUCAACAUGGGUUGUGGAACUGGGGCCUGUGUAGAUUCCUUCCCCGGAGCUGCUUCCCCGCCCUGUCCAUUUCAGGGCAGAGAUGGUGCUCCCAGGAAGAACUGCGGUCAGGAUUGGACUGUGGCUCUUGCACAAUGGGGUGCUUGUUUCCCUUCCCUCAGUUCGUUUUUUCCCUGACAUUGGGUGAUGGCUGGGGAGAGGAUAUGGGCCUCAUGCUGGGAGCUGGAAUCUUCCUGGUUAUGAAAGUCUAUUAUUCUCAGUGGCCCAGCAGGUACCCAAGCUUGGGAGUUUCCUGCUCUUUUCAUCUGAUUUGUGUUGUGUAUGCACAUGUUUCCUGCAUAUGCAUGUGUGUAUUGGAUCUCUGUGGGGUGUGUAUGGGGCUAAGGAAUCCUCCAACCCACAGCUUGAUCUCAUUCAACCCACAGUAACCCUGCUUUGACCACCUUGGCUGUGUCCGAGAUGAUCAUUUCCUCUCAGUGGAUUUCCAUUUAUUUGGUCAAGCUUCUAGCGAUUGAAGAGCAGUGAGCAAUGGCUAAUCCUACAAUUAGGUUUUCAAGGGGCAUCGAUCCGAAAUUUAAUUCAGUCUGUUGACUUUUUUUCCCCUCUUCUUUUCCUAUUUGCCUCUCCCUAUAUUUUUCCUUUUCCAUUUUUUCUCUCCCUUCGGUGUAUACUCUGGUUAUAAUGUGACAUUGAUGUAUAUUUUGAUUAUUUGUAUGUUAAAUGAGGUUUUAUGUUCCCUGUCUGGAAUUUUUUAAAAAGCAAGUGAAUCAAAAACAUUUUUCCCCCUCAGAAAUAUAAAGUGAAACAUAUUUUUGA